GUUAAGCUUUAGCAUUUGCAUGGUCAUUACAAGAUCAAUGAGGACUGUUCAUGUUGCACUUCCUUUCCUUUUGUUUCUUCUGGCAACAACUAUUAUUAGUGUUGGCCUCUGCUUCAAUGCUAGUGGCUGCAAUCAAAUUGAGAAAGAAGCUCUUUUGAUGUUCAAGCAUGGACUCACUGAUCCUUCACGCCGGCUUGCAUCUUGGGGUUAUGAUGCGGACUGUUGUACAUGGUUUGGAGUCAUUUGUGAUGAUUUCACCGGCCAUGUCAUUGAACUCCAACUUUCAACUCCUUCUUACGCUGCCUCUAAUUUCACUGGUGACUAUGAAGAAUACUGGGAAAGGUCAGCGUUUGGAGGUAAGAUUAGUCAUUCUUUGGUAAACCUGAAGCAUUUGAUAUCCUUCGACUUAAGCCACAAUAAUUUUGAAGGAAGUCAGAUCCCCAGGUUCCUUGGGUCUAUGGGAAGUCUAAGAUUUCUUGACCUCUCUAGUGCAGGAUUUGGAGGAAUGAUUCCUCAUCAGCUUGGAAAUCUCUCAAAUUUGCAAUACCUCAAUAUCAAUGUUGAUCAAUUUGAAAAUAAUUAUACUCUUUAUGUGGAGAGUUUAAACUGGGUUUCUGGUCUUGCAUCACUGGAAUUUCUCGCCUUGAGUGGUGUGGACCUUAGCAAAGCCAUCGAUUGGUUUGAUGUGUUAAACACACUGCCUUCUCUUGUUGAACUACACUUGUCAUUGUGUCAACUUUACCAAGUUAAUCCAGCUCCACUUCCUUCUGCCAACUUUUCAUCCCUCGCCAUCCUUGAUUUGUCAAGGAACAAUCUUGGGCUGUCAGUGCCCCAUUGGAUUUUUAGUCUUGAAAAGUUGACCUCUCUUUGUCUUUCAAAUAAUAGUUUUGUUGAAGAAAUUCCGAUUCAUCUUCUAAACUUAACCUCACUCGAGAAACUUGUUUUAUCUCACAAUAAUUUCAAUUCUUCCAUUCCAAGUGCUAUUGGUAAUUUGACUUCCCUCAAUCUUCUUGACUUGUCAGGUAAUAGUCUUGAAGGAGGAAUUCCAAUAGCCUCCAAAAAUCUUUGCAAUUUGAGGUUACUUGAUUUGUCAUUCAACAAAUUGAGCCAAGAGAUAAAUGAGGUCUUUGAAAUUUUAUCAAAGUGUGCUCCAGAGAGAUUAAAGUUAUUGAAUUUGUCUUCUAAUCAUUUACCAGGUCAUUUCACUAAUCGUCUCGAACAAUUUAAAAACUUAGUCUUCCUGAGUGUUUAUGAUAAUUCAAUUUCUGGUCCAAUUCCAGAGAUUUUAGGAGAGCUGAAAUUCUUAGAGGAUAUAGAUAUUUCUAAAAAUUUAUUAAAGGGUGAUGUUUCCGAAAUCCACUUUGCAAACCUUACAACUUUAAGGUAUUUUUAUGCAGCUGGAAACCAACUGAGUUUGAGAGUUAGUCCUGAUUGGGUUCCUCCUUUUCAAGGUCUUACAAGCUUACAUCUGAGAUAUUGGCAAGUUGGUCCUCAGUUUCCAUCAUGGAUUCGUUCCCUAAAGCAAUUAAAUCAUCUCGACUUGUCCUACUCAAAAAUUUCAAGUACCCUUCCCCUUUGGUUCCUUAACUUGUCUUUCUCAUCUUUUUUUAUUGAUCUCUCUCAUAAUCAAAUGCAUGGGAAUAUUCCAUAUAUCAAUUUGAGCACAACCGGUUCCAUGGAUUCUGUUGAAUCAUGGAUUGACUUGAGCUCAAAUCACUUUGAAGGUCCACUACCUCGUGUCUCUUCCAAUCUCCAACUGUUAAAUCUUCCAAACAAUUCAUUUUCGGGGUCAAUAUCUAACCUUUUGUGUGACAAGAUGCAUGAGCUGAAGGCUAUACGAUUUCUUAGCCUUAGGGGAAAUCGUUUAUCCGGUGAGAUACCAGAUUGUUGGAAGAACUUGAAAGAUCUGGAAUUCAUAGAUUUAAGCAACAAUAACUUCAGCGGAAAAAUCCCUAAAUCCAUUGGAACCUUAAGUCAGCUCAAGUUUUUAUACCUCAACAACAACAAACUUUCCGGUGAAAUACCAUUUUCACUUCAACAUUGUAACAAACUAUUGUUAAUUGACUUGAGUGAAAAUGAGUUGGGAGGAGACAUUUCAACAUGGAUAGGGAAACGACUUUCUCAGUUGGUAUUUCUCAAACUCCGUGGGAAUAAGUUUCAUGGUCACAUUUCCGAGAAACUUUGCCACAUGACUUCUUUGCAAAUUUUGGAUCUUGCUUGCAACAAUUUCAAUGGCACUAUACCAAUAUGUAUCAAUAAAUUGAGUGCAAUGGUUGCUGAUUUGAACAGUGAAGAAGAGGCAUUUACGUUGGUUGUUGAUGGAUAUUCAUUGAUAGAGGGUUCUUCAAUUAUGACAAAGGGAAGAAUGGCUAAUUAUGGCAGCUUUCUUCGUCUAGUAAGGAGCAUAGACUUGUCAGACAAUCAAUUAUGUGGAGAGAUUCCUAAGGGAAUAACAAGCAUUAGAGGAUUGCGAUUUUAAAAUUUUUCCCAUAAUCUAUUAAGUGGGAGAAUUCCAAAUGAUAUAGGUGCUAUGAAAUUAUUGGAAUCACUUGAUUUUUCUCGGAACCAGCUCGUUGGUGAAAUCCCACAAAGCAUGUCAAGCUUGACAUUUUUGAGCAACUUGAACUUAUCCAACAACAAAUUGUCAGGACAAAUUCCUUUAGGCACUCAAAUGCAAAGUUUCAAUUCGUCCAGUUUCAUUGGCAACGACCUUUGUGGGCCUCCGGUUACCAAGAACUGCAAUUUAGAUGAUCCUACAGUUGGGAUUGAGAAAGAAAGCACAACAAAAGACGACCAAACGGAAGCAGUGGAUUGGUUCUACUUCUGUGUGAGCGUUGCACCUGGAUUUGUAGUGGGGUUUUGGGUUGUAGUGGGUCCCUUGGCGUUUAACAGACGAUGGAGGCAUUUCUAUUUUGAAUUCCUAAAUCGUUUUUGGAACAAAAUUUGGGUGUGGUUUCAUGUCUAUGUUGUUAGAGUCCUAAAUUAAUGGGAAUCAACUAAAACAAAAUGAAUUUGUGGACUGUAAGAUGUCUUUUCCUGCUAUAUAUGUCUGAAUAAGUCGGUCAAAAACUUUAGCUUCAUGUUUGCUGUAAGGGUGUUUCUGUAUGGUUUUUCUGAUUGUUGUGUACUUCUGAAUUGCAUUUAAUGAAAAAUUAUAUGUUGUGCAGGGGGCCUC